CUAGCAGCAAGCUCAACAUGCCACCCUGUCUUUACAUAUGCUGCCAUUUCGAGAUAUCGGAUGAGCAUCACGGCUCACCAUCAAGACCAAAAGCGACUUCCAAGGCAGUACAAGAUGGUCGGCGUGUAUCUCGGCGACACUCCCACCACAGAGAAGUUCACAGAGAACGCUCUCGAGAAAGACAGAGACACCACACUCAUCGCCAUUCACGCUCAACUUCACGAGAUCAUCAACAAGCACCCAACAGCUCCUCAAGCACUCCUCAAAAGACCACCACAACACUAGACCUACAAGACCACUCCCCAACCCAACAAGUAACCCUCCUCCGCCACCGCAUAGAAUCCGAAGAUGCCCUCCACUCCCACCGCAUGACCACCCUCCAAAAGACCCUCCACUCCGAGCACCAACGCCACAGCACCCGCGCCCUAACCUUUCGCGAACGCCUCAUCGAUCUCGGUACAAAACAACGAGAUCGUCUGCGUACCUCUCCCAAGAAGCUCUCACCCACAAAGUCCAAAGCUAUCGUGGUAAGGGAUGGAGAGCUUGGAGGAGGUAGACAACAAAAGGGAAGUCAUGUGGCUAGAUGGUUGGAGGGUCUGGUUUCUGUCUCUUCGAUCUCGGGGAUUAGGGAGUCGAGUGAUGGGAGUAGUAGUGUGGAGGUUGUGGCUGCCAAAGAUGCAAAGGGUAAGGGCAAGGGAAUUAGAAUUGUUAGUGAUGCUGUGGAGGAGACUGCUGCUGUUGUGGAUAAAGAUGUUGAGAGACAUGUUUGAGUGCUUGAGAUCGAGAGUGAAACAAACCAGGCAGCUGGGGAAAUAGCGGAUGGGCCGAGAAGCAAUGAAGUUCUAGCAGGAAGUUACCAUGACUGGAAAAUUGAUAGCGCUGGUAACAUAGUUAGGGAAAGCUCGAUUGAAGAGAAAGAGGCAGCAGAUGACAUGUCUUUGUAUGGCAAGAACGAGUAAUAGUGGAAGGCAGAAGCGAUUGAAUCAUUCACAGACAUGCUUCAUUACAUCUAUCAACCAACAUCAAGCCAACCACUUUAGACCAUGUAAUCAUGGUAACACACACCCGCA